AUGGAUAGGAUAAGUCUGUUGCAUGAUGAGCUACUCUUGACGAUAUUGUCGUUUCUUCCGACUACGAAAGAUGUUGUGGCGACGAUGGUUCUGUCUAAACGGUGGCAGCCGCUUUGGAUGAUGGUGCCAAGACUUGUAUACGACUAUAGCUAUGAAAACGCUGAUUAUGGAAGGUUUUCGCGCUUUGUAGACAGGUCUCUGCUUUUGCACAAGGCUCCAGUUCUUGAAACCUUGUAUUUCAAAGUCACUCGAACCUCUGGCGUUGGAGAUAUUCCGCUGUGGACUAGAGCUGCAGAGAAACAUUCUGUGCGUGAGCUGUUUAUCGAAAUCCAUAGCUCUUGUAUUGCAUUUCCGGCCAUUCUUCCGAGGAGUUUGUACACAGGGUGUAGAAUGCUUGUGACGUUGAAACUGAAUAACGUGGUUCUUGUGGAUGCUGCUUCAGAACCGGUGUCUUUCCCCUCCCUCAAAUACUUGAAACUUAACUCCCUGAAGUACCCUGGUGAUGAGUUCGUCAAGAGGUUUUUAUCCAGUUGUAUUGUUCUUGAACACUUGGAUGUUGAUCAGUGUCCCGGUGACAAUGUGACCGUUUUCACCGUUAGAGUGCCUUCUCUUGAGAGUUUAUACGUGCGUAAAUCAUCAGACACAGAUUUGGAUAAUGCAGAGGGGUUUGUGAUAGACGCUCCAUCUUUGAAGUACUUGGGCAUUACUGAUAGUACCGGUGGGUUUUGUGUCAUUGAGAGUGAAAUGCCUAAUAUUGUAAAGGCAGAUGUUGAUACUGGUUAUUAUUCUCUUAGCAAGAUUUUGGGUCGAUAA